GCGGAACAGGACGUAGCAGGAAAUAUCAAAUUCCUCCUGCCCUUUAAAGGGAAAGGGACAAUAUGGGUCAUAUUUCUCCUGCGGUCUGCAGUUCCAUAAGAAAAAUUCGAAUGUAAUAUUGAGAUAAAUGCGGCAAAAGUUCUGUUUUUGGCACUAGCAGGAAAAAACAAAUAUUUACCUACCAAAAAUGAAUGGUGAAAAUGGAGCCAGUUCCCCACAAAGUGAACCGAAACCACCCAAAAUUUCUAACCCAACCAAAAACGACGAAAAACAACGACUACUGGAAUCUGAACAUCAUGCCGUUGAGUCCAUGGUCGAUAUGGGCAACGUCAAUUCUGAUGAUGACAUGCUUUGCAACCGAAACAUUGAGCAUCCAACCAGUAAUUUCGACACAAUGGUGCAUUUGUUGAAAGGAAAUAUUGGAACCGGAAUCUUAGCUAUGCCAGAUGCUUUUAGAAAUGCUGGAUGGGUUAUUGGGCUGUUUGGUACCAUGACAAUGGGAAUAAUCUGCACCCAUUGCAUGCACAUGUUGGUAGAAUGUUCAAGAGAGCUAAGUAGAAGAACCCAAACGCCUUCGUUGAACUUUUCUGAAGUUGUUGAAGCUGCUUUUAAGACUGGUCCUGAAUUUUUACAGAAAUAUGCUAAAUUGGCAAAGUUGAUCAUAAAUGUUUUUCUGUUUUUGACCCAACUUGGUUUUUGUUGCGUCUAUUUCGUAUUUGUGGCUGCAAAUCUGCAGGAGGUAGUCAAACAUUAUUAUGUUGAUGUUCCUGUUUAUUGGUACCUCAUAAUACUCUUAGUGCCGCUAGUUCUACUAAAUUGGGUGAAAAGCCUCAAGUACCUCACCCCAACAUCUCUAUUUGCCUCCAUAAUCAUGUCGUCAGGAUUGAUAAUCACUUUCUUCUACAUGCUGCAAGGCCUUCCUGCAGUUACAACUAUGAGCGCGUUUGCAAGUUGGGGCCAGCUGCCUUUAUAUUUUGGAACUGCUGUUUAUGCUUUUGAAGGGAUUGGAGUUGUUUUGCCUCUGGAAAACAACAUGAAAAACCCUCAAGACUUUGGUGGUUGGAAUGGAGUACUCAAUCGAGGAAUGAUAGUAGUGGCUAUUUUAUAUACAGCUGUAGGAUUUUUUGGAUACUUGAAAUAUGGCGAUAGAGCUGUAUUGGGGAGUGUUACUUUAUUGUUGCCUGCAGAUGAAGUAUUGGCACAAUCAGUUCGACUUAUGAUGGCUACCGCAAUUUUCCUCUCCUACAGCCUACAGUUCUACGUACCAUUCAACAUAAUCUGGCCUACAAUUGAAAACCACAUCACAGACGAAAAAACUAAAAAUUAUGCAGAAUACAUUACUAGAACAGCUUUGGUUUUUUUAACAUUUAUUAUUGCUAUAGCUAUUCCUAAUUUGGGAGCAGUUAUUUCACUAGUGGGUGCUUUUAGUAGUAGUGCUCUGGCAAUGAUUUUUCCACCUUUAGUGGAAAUAAUCACAUUUUGGCCCGACAAAUUCGGGAGAAGCGAUUGGCUGUUGUGGAAAGAUAUUGCUAUAGUGGCUAUUGGAUUUUUAGGAUUCUUGACCGGGUCUUAUGUUAGUAUUUUGAAUAUCAUAUAUCCAGAAACUACAAAAUAAGUAAGGGAAUGUCAUCAAAGAUAUUUAUAUUUAUUUAGCUGCAGUAGUAAUUAGAGCAAUUUAAAAUUGAAUAUAUUUCCUUAUUUUUCUGUGAUAAAUAAUUAUCAAAUUAAAAAAAAUAAUAAGUGUGAUUUGAUAAAAAGAUCAAAGAGAAUAUCAUUAAAUUAUUCUAAGGUGAUGAUGGUCGUACCUAAUUAUUGAAUAUUAUUCUAAAAUAAUGAAUGAUCAAUGUAAGAAAGACAAUAAUCUAUUCCAUAAGUUUGAAAAACCUAAAACUUUUACUAUUUUUCGAUAAUCAAUGUUUUUAACUGAUUUCUUAUUGAAAUAUGAUAACUUUAUAUAACAUAUUAAUUUAUCUAUUUCUAGCUAUUAUAAAAAAAUGCAUUUGUAUGUCUAGUCAUAAUUAUUUAUGUAUAGAAAUAGGAAAACUCAUACAAUGGAUUUCGUGUAUAGAUAUAUCUAGAUUUCUGAUAUAGUCAAAAAAUGUAAAGAAAAUAUCUGUUAUUUUAUACACAAUAUUAACAAAGUUAAAAAUAAAUAUUGUGUGUGAAAAUCGUUCACGUUUAGUAGUUGAUGCUUCCUUGUAAAUAUUAAAUUUAAAUGAGUGUGAAUAAUGUAGUUGUAUCAGUAUUUUUUUUUUUGUUGCAUGUAAUUUAUGGUCUUUUGUUAUAUAUUUUUUUAAGUAAAAUAAAUGUGUUUGAAUCCUCUAA